ACGAUUGAUUAGGAGCAGAUCUUUGACGAGAAUUCAGAGGAGACUUGUUGUACAAUGUCUUUUGGAAGUUCAAUGCCGGAAAUGGCUAGCGGGCGAGAUUUUAGUAAAUGUGUGCAAGCAGCAGACCGAGCUUCGACUCUUGUUUAUUAACACGCCAGAGUUGGAUCAAUGAGGAGGAGGUGAGGAAGCGGCGGAGUGUAUUUAUUUUGUUGGCCGUUUAAUUUAGAGCGAGCUUUUUGGCUGACGGCCAUCUUGAACCGUCAAAAAUCCUUACUACGCUUUUCAAAAACACUCAACGGAUUUGGAGAUUCGCACCAAUUUGGAGCGUUCGCGAGCUGUACAUGAGAUUGCAACUGAACACGUGAAGUACAGUUUACACGACGCACAUUCUGUCUGGAAUAUUGUGAGCUCUUUCAUUUUCUGUCGCAAUCGGCUGCUGUCAUUCCGCAGCAGAAUCAAAACAACAAACAAUUCCCUCGGCCCGGUGCUCGCAGUUUCUUUGCCUGUUGUAACAGAAAUCUGUGAUAAAUGGCUCAUUCUUUUGCAAACGACUCGUCGGAACCAACGAUUCCUCUCGGCGCAAACAAAGGAGGACCCCAUGGACUCGGAGAUCCCGAGGACCGCCGACUCCGGAAGGUGGAACUGGAGGUGCUGAUACCGAAGAUAAUGCGGGAGCGGGCAAAAACCGAAAAGUGCAUCCCGGAGGUAAAGGCGUUCGAAGAUUGCUGCAAAGGUUCGGGACUGUUUAUGGUUGCGAAAUGCCAGGAGCAGAACGAUGCACUUAAGGCCUGCAGCAUGGAAUGGUACCGGAACGAGCAGUUCAAGCAAGAGUGUACCGAAAUUUAUUUGGCCGAACGGAGUGAGUUCCGACGAACGGGAUUGCCCAAAAAGUUCCGAAAGAAUGAUGCGACCGGCAAGUAAGGAUUUUCGAUUAUUUUUUAUUGCUAAUUACCAUUUGAUUCAGAGAAACCAACAAAAAAUCAGGUGAUGAGUUCUAGCUACUUGGUUCUUAAUCCUUGUUGUAAAAUGUGCUGUUUAAAGUUAGGAAUAAAAUGUAAAAAAACAUAUACAUCCCAG